UUUCCAGUUUAAUUUUUAAUUUUAUUCCGGACUUUUUCUAAGUACAUUUAACUGUUCACAUUACUUAAGUUUCGCAUCAAACCCACAACAUGAUGGCGUUUAUAGAAACUUUAUUGUUACUGCUAUCAGUAACAUUUCCCAUACAAGCGAUUUCCUAUGCUCCUGAUGUGUUGCCGCUGACAAAAACAGAAGCAAAGUUCCCGGAUCAACAAGAUUUACAAUUGGAUGGAAGUUUACGGAAGAAAAGAUGUUUUGGAAACUCAGAAACAACUACAGUAGCUCCAUACAGUGACCCAGACUUCGGACAUCCCCCCAAACCAUGGGAUCCGGUCGAACCGUUUGUUAAAACCAACAAGUACUUUGGUACGACACCUAGUCCUGAUGGCCGAAGUAUUCAGAAAAGGAUGUCUACAAAUAAAUACUUGGGAUUAUUUAAUUUCCAACGAGAACGCCGGAGUACAUUAACUGAACAGCAACAAUCAAAACUGCCGACAGUAUUGGCUGAAAACCAGGAUAUGUUAAAGAAGGAAGAUAACAAUACUAAAACGACCAAUGAAGACACAACAUUUGGUCAAACUAUGAAGAAAUGGAUGCCUAUGGAUAUCAUAGAUAACAAAUUUAAGAAUACAAAUUACGAGGAAGAAAAAGCCCUUAAAAAGAUUAAGAUUCAAGAACAUGUAGGCAAUAUAAUACGCCGGUGGAAUGUUAUGCGGGCUCUUGCAACAAUUGAACAUCGUAGAUGGAAUCAGUCAAAUAAAUAUAUUAAAGAAAAUAAAUAUAAUAUAUUCCCCGAUACCAGUAUGACACCAGUACCAUCCCCAUCUCCUAUAAAGUAUUUCGAGUUUGCUAACAUUGAUGAAUUCCCUUAUAAAGAGGCAGAAUUGAAAUGGCGGAGUUUAGAACCUAAGUAUCGUCUGUAGGAAGCAGAAGUCGAUACACGCCUAUCCAGGACAUCACUCCGAAAUUUUGAUGAUCAAAUUUUUUUAAAUUUUUUUUUAUUUCCUUUUAGCUAAGUAAAAUUUGAUUUUAUCAUUUUAUAAUUAAUUUUAAUUUUAAUAAUAUUAGUAUCAUUAUAAUUUUAUUCAU